GGAAACACUACACCAAGCCAGACAGGGAGGGACAUAGUCGUGGUGGUAAUUGAAGCGAAGAAGGGCAGCGAAAUUAAAUGGACUGAAGUAUUAGAGGUCUUCUGUGUAAGUCGUCUUAUUGAGAAGCCUACUGAGACGAAAUUGGCCAUAAUUAUUGAGUGUAGCUAUCGAACGAACACUAGGACGAUGGGUGGGGGCACCAUGCUUGUGGUUCACCUCGCUAAUGAUCGCUCUUCCACCCUCUAUCCCUAUCCCUACAAACCCUGGCACAUGUCAUAUACGAGAGAAUUAACUUUGGAAACCCUUGGCGGGGUUUAA